AUGGCGCCCAAAGCCAUCAUCGCCCCUUCUAUCCUUGCCGCCGACUUUGCCGACCUGGGCCAUGACCACGUCCAGCAGCCGACGGAGAAAUUCGCCAAGGGCACCUUCGACUGCCACAUGAUGAUUGCCGAGCCCAAGAAGUGGGUGAAGGAGUUCAAGAAUGCCGGCUGCGACCUGUACUGCUUCCACUACGAGGCCGCCCACUCCUCCGACGCCGAGAGCCCCGAGACGACCUCCGACAACAAGACGUCCCCGAAGGCGUUGAUCAAGUACAUUCAUCAGCAGGGCAUGCUCGCCGGUAUCGCCCUGAAGCCCGCAACCUCGGUCGAUGUCCUGUGGGAAAUUCUCGAGAACCCCAACCAGGACGAGAGGCCCGAUAUGGUCCUCAUCAUGACGGUCGAACCCGGCUUCGGCGGCCAGAAGUUCAUGGCCUCGGAACUGCCGAAGGUUCAGGCCCUUCGCGAGAAGUACCCCGAUCUCAACAUCGAAGUCGACGGCGGCCUCGGGCCCGGCACCAUCGAUCAGGCUGCCGACGCGGGUGCCAACGUCAUCGUCGCCGGCAGCGCCGUGUUCGGCGCCAAGGAUCCCGCCGAGGUCAUCUCGCUACUCCGUGAUGCCGUCGACAAGCGUUCGGGGAAGCUGUGA